AUGCCUCGCGACGGAUCUGGAGCUGGUGACAACGCCAUUGAGGCCGGUCACAACAUCAUCCACGGCACUGGCGCCGAGCCCAAGUCGGACCACGUCGACCGCGCCGACAAGACGGCAACCCCGCCGCCCGGCGAGAAGGGCCAGGGCAUCAUGCCUCACGGCGACGCCAAGCCGCUGGCCGACCACACCCAGUCGAAGACGGACAAGCAGUAG